GGUGGCACAAAAACGAUCUUCUGGCGGGUUCCCGUGAUCCGCUGCAACACCAGGGUUCCUUAGUCUCCAUCAUCCGCCACCAUGCCGCUGCUGGACGGACCCGGGAGCAACGAUCAUGUCAUCUCGGGCACUAUCCACGAUGUCUUCUCUCAAACGUCAUCCAUGAUGGAGUCUCGCUCCAGCACACAGCCGCGCAGGCAUAACGCUCAUGCACGUCAGAAGAUUGUAGUCGUGGGCUUAGGCAUGGUUGCUAUCUCGCUCAUUGAGAAGAUCAUUAAACAAGAUGCGGAGCGUCGACAAUACGAUAUCCUCGUCAUCGGAGAAGAGCCCCAUGUCGCAUACAACCGUGUUGGCUUGUCCUCUUUCUUCGAGCACCGAAAGAUUGAGGACUUGUAUCUCAAUCCCACAGAAUGGUAUGGAUCCGUAAAAGAUCGGUCCUUCGACUACCAUCUUAACACACGGGUAACCGAGAUCAUCCCCCAACACAAUUUAGUCAAAACAUCCACAGGAGAUACCAUUACCUACGACAUCCUUGUUCUUGCUACUGGCUCCGAUGCCGUCCUCCCCACCCACACUCCAGGGCAUGACGCAAAAGGCAUAUUCGUGUACCGAACAAUCUCUGAUCUCGAGAAGCUUAUCGAAUUCGCCUCAAAACACAAAGGCGAGACCGGGGUCACAGUUGGUGGAGGCUUGCUGGGUCUCGAAGCAGCCAAAGCCAUGACAGACCUGGGAGAUUUCGGGAAUGUGAAACUCAUUGACCGCAACAAGUGGGUGUUGGCCAGACAACUUGACGGCGAUGCAGGCACUCUUGUAACACGCAAAAUCAGAGAGCUGGGGUUGGAUGUGCUGCACCAGAAGUGCGUGGCGACCAUCAAGACAGAUGCCGACAACAAUGUCACGGGCAUUGUCUUUGAGGACGGCGAUGAGAUCAGCUGUUCUUGUAUCUGCUUUGCUAUUGGGGUACGUCCCAGAGAUGAACUGGGACAAUCCGCCGGCAUUCAAUGUUCAGGACGAGGAGGAUUCGUCGUUAAUGAAAGUCUUCAGACAUCUGUCGAGAAUAUCUAUGCUGUCGGUGAAUGUGCCAGCUGGGAGAACCAGACCUUCGGUAUCAUCGCUCCGGGUAUCGAAAUGGCCGAUGUUCUGGCAUACAACCUGACGAACCCCGAUAAGGAGCCGAAGAGGUUCCAACGUCCUGACCUCAGCACCAAACUGAAGCUCUUAGGCGUGGAUGUAGCCAGCUUUGGAGAUUUCUUCGCGGACAGGGAUGGGCCCAAGUUUCUUCCCGGCCACAGGCCCUCAAUUCAAGCCGACCGAAAAGACGGCGAGACAGACAGUGAAUCAUUAGUCAAAUCACUUACCUACAAAGAUCCAUUCAGUGGUGUUUACAAAAAAUACUUGUUCACCAUGGAUGGCAAAUACCUGCUUGGUGGUAUGAUGAUCGGAGACACGAAGGACUAUCUCAAACUGAAUCAGAUGGUCAAAUUGCAAAAGGAGUUAGAGGUGCCUCCCAGUCAAUUCAUUUUGGGUGCGCAAAAGGAUAGUGAGGAGAACGGGGAUGAUCUUGACGACAGUACUCAGAUCUGUGCUUGCCAUAAUGUCACCAAAGGAGACUUGGUUGCCAAGAUCAAGAGUGGCACCUGCAAAUCCAUCGGCGAAGUUAAGUCGUGCACUAAAGCAGGGACUGGUUGUGGCGGCUGCAUGCCAUUAGUGCAGUCGAUCUUCAACAGAACUAUGCAGGACAUGGGCCAAGAAGUUUCCAACAACUUAUGUAUCCACAUUCCACAUUCUCGAGUGGACCUAUACAAUAUUAUUGCUGUCAAACAGCUGAAGACCUUCGAAGAUGUGAUGGCGGCGGUCGGAAAAAAUCCGGAAUCGCUUGGCUGCGAGCUUUGCAAGCCUGCGAUCGCGUCCAUUCUCUCGAGUCUUUUCAACCCUCAUAUUAUGGAUAAAGGAUAUCAUGACUUACAAGAGACAAAUGAUCGAUUUCUUGCCAAUAUUCAGCGCAAUGGUACAUUUUCUGUGGUUCCCCGCGUUCCGGGAGGUGAGAUCACAGCAGACAAGUUGAUCACCAUUGGACAAGUGGCAAAGAAAUACAACUUGUAUUGCAAAAUCACUGGCGGUCAGCGUAUCGACAUGUUUGGAGCCAAGAAGCAGGAUCUUCUUGACAUCUGGACAGAACUGGUCAAUGCAGGAAUGGAGAGUGGUCAUGCUUACGCGAAGUCCUUGCGUACGGUCAAGAGUUGUGUUGGAACAACCUGGUGUCGCUUCGGUAUUGGUGACAGCGUCGGAAUGGCCAUUCGACUAGAAGAGCGCUACAAGAGCCUUCGAUCUCCUCACAAGCUCAAGGGUGCUGUUUCUGGGUGUGUACGAGAAUGUGCUGAGGCACAAAACAAGGACUUUGGCCUGAUCUCCACCGAAAAGGGCUUUAAUAUAUUCGUUGGGGGCAACGGAGGUGCCAAGCCCCGUCACUCUGAGAUCUUAGCCAAAGAUGUGCCGCCGGAGAAAGUGAUUUCCCUCAUCGAUCGAUAUCUCAUUUUCUAUAUUCGCACAGCGGAUAAACUUCAGCGGACGGCCCGCUGGAUUGAGAAUCUUCCAGGCGGAAUAGAGUACCUGCGGGAGGUAGUGGUCGAUGAUAAGCUAGGAAUUGGGGCAGAGAUGGAGCAGCAAAUGCAGGAGCUUGUGGAUAGCUAUUUCUGCGAAUGGACGGAAACGAUCCGCGAUCCCAAGCGGCGCAAACACUUUCAACAAUUCGCCAACACCGAUGAGACGGUCGAGACGGUGGAGGUCAUAAAGGAGCGCGGGCAAGAGAGACCCACCUACUGGUCUAACGAGCCUGCCAAAGUGGAUUUCAAGGGCCAUCAGUGGUCGGGUCUUUCGUGGCAGCCUAUGGUCAAGGCAGACCACUUCUCGGAUGGAGUCACGUCCGCAAAUCUCAAGCGCGGGGACACUCAGCUCGCUGUCUUCAAGAUCAAGGACAAAUUCUAUGCGACGCAGCAGAUGUGCCCUCAUAAGCGUGCUUUUGUCCUAUCUGAUGGCUUGAUCGGCGACGAUGAUGCGGGCAAAUACUGGGUAUCCUGCCCGAAUCACAAGCGCAACUUUGAGCUCAACGGGGAACAGGCGGGUCGCUGCUCAAAUGAUGAGAGCAUGAACAUUGCCACAUUUCCAGUAGAAGAGCGUGCUGAUGGCUGGGUCUACCUUAAGCUACCUGCGGUGGACGAGCUGGACGCGAUCCUUGGAACAGAGAAGUGGAAAGUGAAGAAGGGAGAGGCGCCGGACCCAUUUCAGAAACAUGAUAGGAAGUACCGGGGGACGCGCGGAAAGAAGCCAGUCCAGAAGACAUCAUCAAGCAAGCAGGUGUCAUCUUCAGGGGUGAUUGACUGGUAGGAUUGUAAGGUUUUCAGUUUAUGAUGUUUUCACGAAGCUACGUUAGAUACCUGAGGUUGCUAGUGCUUGUCAUGAGGAUAGCAUACACCACUUCUG